UACAUUACCUAUCCUAUCCUAUCAUACACUGGUGAGACAUCCCACAAUUAAGUAGGUACUCAGAGGGCGUAUCCACUGCAGAAAAAAUAAAAAAUAUCUUCAUUAAAUUUACUAGCUGUCAUCUGAUUUUAAUAUAACUGAAAUAUAUUUCAUAUAUUCACAAUGUCGCGAGGCAGGGGUAAAGGUUCGAUAAGUCAAAUAUCUAGUAAUUUAGGCUUGAACCGAAAUGAAUUUCCAACACAAUUUAAUGUUGAAGCUCCGCCGCCUCUAUAUCCACCUCUAGAUCAUCAGCCAUUAAAAUUAGAUAUAAAUGAUUCUAUGAGAGAAUUAUUAGAUAUAAAAGAAGAAAUACUUAAAAAUAUGCAAGAAUCUCCUUUCCAUAAAAGUUUUGAAGAUAUAAAGAAGAAAUCAUUUGAUAUUGCACGAUAUACUGAUAAAUAUAAAAUAAAACCCCUAGAUAUAUUCCAAUAUGCAGAAGAUCAUUUUGAUUGGAAUUAUUUACCAGCUGAGUUAAGACCUAAACCACUUAAGAUCAACAGGGAUUUAAAAAAAUUAAGAAUUGAGAAACUGAACAUAGAUGAAAAACUUAAAAAACUUCAAUCAGUUGAAGAAAAAUUAGCCCAUAAAGAUUCCAUUCCUUAUUCUAAUGACCCUCAAAAUCCUGAGAAAACAAAUGAUGAUAUUGAAGAUGGUAAAGAAGAAAAUGCUAGUUUAAUUGAAACUGAGGAUGAAGAAGAAAUAAAUGAUUACGCUGAAACCUAUUUUGACAAUGGCGAAAAUUUUCUUGACGAUGAAAAUGACUCAGAUGAAGGGCCUGUGUUUUGAAGAAGAAGAAAAUGGAUUGAGAAUUUUUUUAAAUUAUUUAUGUAGCGUAAUGAUAAAUAAAUCCUAUUAGUUUAUGCUUCAUCUCCACUUUUUAUUCAUUAAUUAAUAUAUUUCUAAUUAAGAAUCAAUUAUGAGGUGAAUAAUGGGCAGCGAUGAUUAUCUUAUUCUAUUUUUUAAGUACUCUAGAAAAAUUGCACGUUAACGACUUUGAUACCAAUGAAAGAAGGCGCGAGCCGGAAUUUUUACUCCAAGUCUCAGAUUAUAUUUUAACCCAGACCAUUGCCUCACGAAAGGCAAAAUUUUGAUCGCAUCUGUAAAAUUUAUUAAAUAUUUUAAAAUUAGAUUUCAUUCCCCCUCCUCCCCCUCAACUUUCAAAGCAUUAUUAUUGAAAUAUAUUUUUUCAAUGACUCUUGAUUAAUACUCUUUUAAUGUUACAUUCCAGUUAUUCAGAUUGUUAUAAUUCUAUAUUUUUAUUUCUAUAAUUCCACACAAACGUACAAAUAAAACCGUAAUUAUACAAUCAUAAAAAGUUAGUUAUUGUAUAUAAUAGUAAUGCAAUAUUUAUAAAGCAGUGAUAAUAGUAUUCCUAUUUUUUUAA